AUGAUUCGAUAUAUUAUUUUGUUAAUUUGUGUUUGUGUCGUAUUAGCACAGUUCAAACGAGGUAAACCCCGAAGAAAGUCAGCUAAACCUCGAUGGGACUGUACAGAUAUUGUAGACGGUUUAUACAUUGGCGAUUGUUUAAAUUUCUAUAGAUGUAAAAAUGAAACAACCGAACACUUACCAUGCCCCGGUAAUCUGGUUGUCAAUGAAAGACAGAUGUGGUGUGAUUAUAAAGAUUUAGUACCACCUCCAUGUGGUACAGCUCCUAAUUGUACUGGUAUUAUUGAUGGUAACUAUCCGGAUUACACCCGGAAAUGCCAGUAUUAUUAUACAUGUUUACAUGAUGAUUUUUAUGGUUAUACCAAAUGCGCUGCCAAUCUGUUAUUCAACCCCGAGAAGAAUAAUUGUGAUUGGCCAUUUUUAGUGAAACCACCUUGCGGAGAUGCAGCUGAAUCUGUUUAUCCUGUAAAACCUGACAGAGUUGGUUGA